AUGACUACUGUUCCGGACCUACUAGUGGCGCCUGACUACAAUAUAUCUUUCGAACUUGGCAAAAAUCCGGAUGGAGAACUAAUCUGGACAACCGGCCCGCGGUUUAGACGUAUUGUAAUGGAAAAAGGACAGUAUUGCUUUUGCUGGCAAAGGCCGCCACAUAGUCAAUUGUUGAACAAGGCCCGAAGGGCUCUUCAAUAG